AUGCAGUUUGUCAAGAAAUUCUUUAACGCGGGAACUGGCUGGACGCCCCCAGCAGCAAGCACGGAGGAGCUCGCGCAAGUCCAAGGAACACUCUAUCUCCUACGCAAGAAUAGUGCAAAAGGUGCCAGAGAAUGCAUAUUCACUACCGCCGUCGCAACUGUGAGACGGACGGAAACUCCCUUUAGUUACCAGCUCGCCAUCAUGAGGGCUUAUGAAGAAGGCGAAGCAGAGCUUUUAGACGACAUGGACGAAGAGGAAGAGGAAGAGCGCGAAUUUCUACUGAGAGAGGAACUGAAACCGCGUAUUGGAACCUUUGAAAACCAACAAACCCUGAUUUGGCGUGACCUCGAGGAAGCCGACGAGGGAGGAUCACCCUCGGACGAAAAUCUCUACGAGUUCGUGGUCGACGAGCGCACAGACCCCAAUAUUUUCAACCAUUUCUUUGAAUCUGUCCUCCGUGCAAUCUUUGAGCGCAAGACAGGCUCACCUUCUGACAACGUGCCCAUGACAGAACUGAUGAAGACAUUCAGCGAUGGUACCCUCCUACCUCUUUCGGCUCCAGAGCAGGACCCUGUUCCAGCAUCAGUCGCAGAGGUCGGAGAUGACGAUUAUCUGGUGAUGGAAACUAGCGAUCUCUACAUAUGGGAUAUGGAACUAGAGGCAUUUAGACAACCCGACAUGGUUGAAAACCCGGUGGAGAUUCGGAUCGUCCAGACUGGACAGUACCAAUAUUAUCUCAGAGCCAAGUCCCAAGGAAUGUGGGUGCUAGGACAUAAGAUAACGGACGACAUUAACGGCAAAGCAAAUGCUGCCUUGCGGUCGUUUACAUGGAAUCAUACCACUGCAAGAGGAAUAAUCGAGGCAUGGUGUCUCAAGUUUCUAUAUCCGGAGACGUACACCCGCUUCACAAACGUGAUGGGGAUGUGCAUCUACGAAGCAGAGAACGCUAUGGACUGGUCCAAAAUCAAGGAAAUAGAGCAAGACUAUGUCAUUACGGCUAUGACCGAAGACGUGGACAUGACAGAUGUCGAAGAGGAUGAGGCAGCGGUGGAGGGUGCGCUCAACGAAGAUUCAGAACAAAGCGACGAAAGUGAGGAGGAGGAACAUACCGACUGGGGGCCAAACAAGGAGAAGAACUCUGGUCUGGCUGUUGGACACAAGGGCAUCUCCGUCGUUUUACGCGGUGGCCAGGUUGGUAUCUUCAAGGAGACGACCGACGGGAAGCUUGAGCUCGGAGGGUCUGUCCGGAAAAUUGCAGCUCCGGGGAGGGAUGGCAAAGCAUUCAAUCCCAACAAGAUGAUGCUCCACGACCAAGAUCGAUCACUCGUCCUCAUGAACCCGAACAAUGCCAACUCUCUAUACAAGAUGGACCUCGAGACGGGCAAAGUGGUGGAUGAGUGGAAGCUGACUGAAAACGUUGCGAUCAACAGCAUGACACCCGUGGACAAGCUCGCUCAGACGACGGUCGAGCAAACCCUGCUUGGUACAUCGCACAAUGCAUUAUUCCGUAUUGACCCUCGCCUUUCUGGGAGCAAGUUGGUUCAGACAGAUAUGAAACAGUAUACCACCAAGAACAAGUUUUCGUCCAUUGUCACAACCGGAGCUGGAAAUAUCGCAGUAGGAAGCGAGAAGGGCGAGAUUCGCCUUUUUGACGCAUUGGGCAAGAAUGCAAAGACGCUCUUGCCGGGUUUGGGAGAUGCUAUACGAGGAAUAGACGUGACGAAAGAUGGCCGAUGGGUGAUUGCAACGUGCAAGACGUACCUUUUGCUCAUAGACACGCAAAUCGGGACGGGGAAAUACGUCGGGAGCUCUGGGUUCACCAGGAGUUUCCCAGCGGAUUCAAAGCCCACGCCAAAGAAGCUGCAGUUGCGGCCGGAGCAUGUGGCGUAUAUGAAGGCUGCCAUCAACUUUUCACCUGCAAAAUUCAAUACUGGUAGAGAUGCAAAGGAGACUACCAUCGUGACAUCCAACGGACCAUUUGUGAUUGCGUGGAACUUUGAAAAGGUCAAGAAGGGCAUCCUGGAUAAGUAUGAAAUCAAGAGAUUUACGGCAAACGUUGUCGAGGACAAUUUCUCAUUUGGCAAUGACAAGGACAUUAUUGUCACAUUGACAGACGACGUAUAUAUGCUGCCGAAGCGGGCACUCACCCAGUUCAAGGGCCGCAAAUCAUUGGUGGAAGCCCCGGCAGACCGACCAAGCAGAAGUAACAUUGUCAACGCUCCGUACUGA